GCAGUCUUUGGAGCCCACGUGUUCGGCCAGCAUGGCGGAGAUGGAGAGUAUGGAAGUCGCUGAGGCUGUGUCUACUGGAGAGGCCCCGAAGAGCGGCGCCCGGCCUGCCGACCGUCAUGGCCUGCUGAAGCACAGCCGCGAGUUCUUGGACUUCUUCUGGGACAUUGCGAAGCCGCAGCAAGAGGCGCGGCUUGAGGCCACAGAGAAGCUGCUGGAGUAUCUGCGCACAAGGCCAAGGGGGUCAUCCGAGAUGAAGUACGCCCUGAAGCGCCUAAUCACUGGGCUCGGCGGCGGACGGGAAACCGCCCGGCCCUGCUACAGUUUGGCCCUGGCACAGCUGUUACAGUCUUUCGAAGACAUCCCCUUGUGCAGCAUCCUGCAGCAGAUACAAGAGAAGUAUGACCUGCAGAAGGUGAAGAAGGGGAUGGUGAGACCAGCUCUCUUUGCAAACCUGUUUGGGGUGCUAGCCCUCUUUCAGUCAGGCAGGCUGGUGAAGGACUCCGAGGUACUGAUGAAGUCGGUCAAGCUGCUGCAAGUCCUGGGCCAGCACUACAACCACUUGCAGGAGCAGCCCCAGAAGGCCCUGGUGGACAUCCUCUCUGAGGUCCCAGAGGCCGUGUUGCAGGAGGUCCUGCCGAAGGUCCUCAAGGCUGACUUGAGUUCAGUACUUGGCUCACCCGAGCACCUGGAGCUCUUCCUCUUGGCCCAGCAGAAGGUGCCCGAGAAGCUGGAGAAGCUACUGGGACCAGUCAACCUGUUCUCAGAUGAGAACAUCCCCAGGCUGGUGACAGUGCUAAAGAUGGCGGCCUCCUCUAUGAAAAAGGAACGCAAGCUGCCCGCCAUGGCCCUGGAGCUGCUCCGCCUGGCGCUCCAGGAGGACGUGUUCUCACGGUUCUGGAAGGAGGUUGUGGAGCAAGGGCUCCUGAAGAAGCAGUUCUGGCCGGUCAGCUACCUGUGUUUCCGCCUGCUGGGCACGGCCCUGCCCCUGCUGUCCAAGGAGCAGCUGCAGCUGGUGAUGCAGGGGGACCUGAUCCGACAUUAUGGGGAGCACGUGGUCACUGCUAAGCUCCCAAACCAGUUCAAGUUUGCUCCAGAGAUGAACGAGUACGUGGAGGCCUUCCUCAAAGGCUGCCAGGAUGACCCUGAGCGGCAGUUGGACAUGGUGGUGGCCUUCACGUCCGUCACCAACCAGGGCCUCCCUAUCACGCCUACCUACUGGCGGGUCGUGCGGUUCCUGAGUCCCCCGGCUCUCAAAGGCUACGUGGCCUGGCUGCGGGACAUGUUUCUCCAGCCCGACCUGGACUCCUUGGUGGACUUCAGCACCAACAACCAGAAAAAAGCCCAGGAUGCUUCGUUCCACGGGCCUGAGCGAGCUGUGUUCCGGCUACGGAAGUGGAUCAUCCUUCGCCUGGUCAGCGUCGUGGACAACUUGCACGUGGAGAAGGAGGAGGCCUUGACUGAGGAGGUGGCCAGGUUCUGUUUUUUCCACUCAUUCUUUGAGACAAAGAAGCCCACGUCCCAGAUCCCGGAAACUGAGCAGUCCUUCUCCCCUCCUCUGGAGAGCCGGACCCGGGAGGUGGUGGGCAAUGCCUUCUUCAGCCUGCUGCAGACCCUCAGCACACAGUUUAGGCAGGCGCCGGAGCAGACCCAGGACAGGAGGCUCUGGACCCAUCGCCUGGUGCAGUUUGCAGACAUGCUUUUGAGCCAUGGCCGCAACGUGGCUCCCCUGACGCCCUUCACCACUCAGCAGCGCCAGGCCUGGGACCGGAUGCUAAAGACUCUGAAGGAAGUGGACGCACGGUCCUCAGAGGCCAAGGCCAAGGCUGCUGCCUUCCAGCACCUGCUGCUACUGGUGGGCAUCCACCUCUUCAAGUCCCCUGCAGAGAGCUGUGACCUGCUGGGUGACAUCCAGACCUGCAUCAAGAAGAGCUUGGGGGAGAAGCCUCGCCGGACCCGCUCCAAGGCCACCAGCCUCCAGGAGCCGCCGUGGGUGGAGGUGCUGGUGGAAAUCCUGCUGGCCCUCCUGGCCCAGCCCAGUCACCUGAUGCGCCAGGUGGCCCGGAACGUGUUUGGCCAUGUCUGCUCCCACCUGACUCCACAUGCCCUGCAGCUCAUCCUUGAUGUGCUCAAACCCGAGGGGAGCCAGGACGAGGACGACAACGUGGUGGUCAUGGAUGACUCCGAGCAGAAGCCACUGGAGGAUGAGGAGGACAAGAGCUCAGAUGGCGAGGACAACAAGGGCAGCAAGAACUCGGAGAGUGAGGAGGAAAGCGACGAGGAGGAGAGCGACGAGGAGGACCUGGAUGGGGACGUGGACCAGGGCUUCCGGGAGCAGCUGAUGGCGGUGCUGCAGGCAGGGAAGGCGUUGGGUGGAGCGGACGGCGAGGAUGAUGAGGAGGAGCUGGGGGAUGAGGCCAUGAUGGCCCUGGACGAGAACCUGGCCAGCCUCUUUGCCGAGCAGAAGCUGCGCAUCCAGGCCCGGAGGGACGAGAAGAACAAGCUGCAGAAGGAGAAGGUGCUCCGGCGGGACUUCCAGAUCCGGGUCCUGGACCUGAUUGAAGUGCUGGUGACGAAGCAGCCCGAGAACCCCCUGGUCCUGGACCUGCUCGAGCCGCUGCUGCUCAUCAUCCGGCGGAGCAUGCGCACCAGCAGCACCAAGCAGGAGCAGGACCUCCUGCACAAGACGGCCCGCAUCUUCACGCACCACCUGUGUCGCUCCCGGCAUUACUGCCGCGACCUGGGCGACCGCGUGGAGACUCUGUAUACGCAGCUGGAGCAGCUGGUGCAGCAGGCCGGCCACCAGGCUGACUCCUCCAUCUCCCUCUACUACUUCAACGCCGCCCUCUACCUGCUCCGGGUCCUGAAGGGCAACACUGUGGACAAGUCCACCCGCAAGGCCCAGAAGGAGAAAGCCAACGCUGACACCAGCACCCAGCCCCAGGGCACAGAGGCUGCCAGCUGCUUGGAUUUGAGCCUCGUGACCCCGGUCUAUUCAUCUGCACUGAGCUCCUUCCUGACCAAGCGCAACAGCCCACUCACCGUCCCCAUGUUCCUCAGCCUCUUCACCCGGCACCCGAUGCUCUGUAAGAGCCUGCUCCCCAUCGUGGUCGAGCAUGUGGCAAGCCCCACACGGUCCCGUCAUCAGGCCCAGGCCUGCCUGCUGCUCCAGAAGACCCUGCCCACACGGGAGCUGAGACUGUGCUUCAAGAACCCGGAGUGGGAGCAGCUGAUGGGUCAGAUCCUGGCAAAGGUCACUGAGAAUCUGCGGACACUGGGUGAGGCUGAGACCAAGUCGGAGCAGCAGAAGGAGCUGUCCUCCUUGGAGCUGCUCAACACUCUCCUCAAGAACAUUCAUCAUGAGAAGCUGACCGUGGACCUGACCGCCACCCUGGGCGUGCUGCAGAGCCAGCAGCAGAGGCUGCAGCAGGGGGAGCACCCGACCGGGUCCAGCCGCCUCCACGACCUGUACUGGCAGGCCAUGAAGGUCCUCGGAGUCCAGCGCCCCAAGUCAGAGAAGAAGGAUGCCAAGGAAGUCCCUAAGGACAUGCAGAGCCCCGUUAGCCUGAAGCGCAAGAAAAAGGGGUUCUUGCCAGAGACCAAGAAGCGCAAGAAACGCAAGUCUGAGGGUGCCACACAGGAGGAGGGUGCCAAGCCCGCAGCCACUGAUGGGACUCAGCCCCCCAGCACUGGCAAGAAGAAGAGAAACAAGAUGAAGUCCAAGGUCCCAGCCCAGUCCCAGGUGAAUGGGACACCACCUACCAAGAGUCCAGCCCCUGACCCUCCUGCCACGAGCCCCGACAUCCCUGCCAAGACCCCAAAACCACAGAAGAAAAAUCGGAAGUCGUCCCAGGUAAAUGGAGCCACCCCUGUGUCCCCCAUGGAGCCGGCUGGCAAAAAGCAUCAGAAGAAUCUGCCCAAAAAGGGGGUCUCAGGCAAGUCACCACAGUCCGCGCUGCCACGGAAGAAGGCCAGGCUGUCUCUGGCCAGCAGGAGCCCCAGCCUCCUCCAGAGCGGGGCCAAGAGGAAGGCCCAGCUGAGAAAGGUGAGGAAGCUCUCAACACCAGCCCUGCCCCACUCACCCUAGAGACUCCGAUUUUUUCAUCGCAAUUUUGAUAAACCAGUCUGAGGUACUACUUACAGCGCUGUGGGGAGAGGGCCUGCCGCCAGCCCCCCGGGAGGUCCCGAUGCACUGGUGUUUGGGUGGGUUAGGAGGACCCCGCCUUGUGCCCCCACCCCACCCUUAGGCUGCUUUGCUGCAGGAGCCACCAGGGCAUGAUUUAAAUAGCUUUAUUUCUUCAUUUACAAGAGGAAUAUAUUUGGCUUCUCUCUUAAGACUCUGAGAUUCACAAUCAGCAGCUCUAAAAAAUAAAGGAGCAGUUUGGCUUCCGGAAGGAAGAGGAAGCAA